CAGGUUGUGUCAAGUCUUCCGUGUUUGUGGUUUGGAAGGAGAUAAGCCCCGUCGGACGGACUAUUUGGUUUUAAGGACAUCAUUGCUCAACUGAACCGCCGACUUCCUCUGAACAAGGGUCAGGGUGCUAGAAGACUAAGUAAAAAAGCAGUUUUCUGAGGAGUGUGUGCCUGGAGGUGAGUGUUUGUGUGUUUGUGUCUGUGUGAGUGAGAGAGAGAGAGAGAAAAAGAGGCAGAGCAGACAGGAAUAUUAAGAAAAAUACUUCUGCGAUUAUGCCCUCAACGGACACUCACAAGAAAAAAGUAGCUAUCAUUGGGGGCGGUUUGGUUGGAGCGGUCAAUGCAUGUUUCUUGGCCAAAAGAGGCUUCCAAGUUGACAUCUAUGAAGCCAGGGAAGAUCUUCGGGUUGCUGAGGUCGCUCGCGGAAGGAGCAUCAACUUGGCUCUCUCUCACAGAGGGCGGCAAGCCCUCAGAUCUAUUGGGCUGGAAGACCAGAUUGUGUCCCAGGGGAUUCCGAUGCGAUCAAGGAUGAUUCAUUCUCUUUCGGGGAAAAAGUCUGCCAUUCCCUAUGGCAAGAAGAGCCAGUAUAUUCUUUCCAUUAGCAGAGAAAUUCUAAACAAAGAGCUUCUGACUGAGGUUGAAAAAUAUCCCAAUGCAAAGGUGCACUUUGGCCACAAACUGUUGAACUGUAGACCUGAGGAAGGAAAGCUCACCGUGUUCCGAUCCGACGAUGGGCCCGUGGAAAUUGCAUGCGAUCUCAUUGUUGGCUGUGACGGAGCUUAUUCUACUGUCAGAAAACAGCUCUUGAAACAGCCACGUUUCAACUUCAGCCAACAUUAUAUCUCUCACGGAUACAUGGAACUGACCAUUCCACCCAAGAAUGGAGAAUUUGCCAUGGAGCCCAAUUGUCUGCACAUCUGGCCCAGAAACACCUUUAUGAUGAUUGCACUUCCUAACGCGAACAAGUCUUUCACGUGCACGGUGUUUAUGCCCUUUGAAGACUUCGAAAGCCUCACAACCGGCAGCGAGGUCUUGGAUUUCUUCAAGCGGAACUUUCCCGAUUCCGUUCCCCUCAUCGGAGAGCAAGCUCUGAAGCGAGAUUACUUCCUGCUCCCAGCCCAGUCCAUGAUAGCCAUAAAGUGCUCUUCGUUCCACCUGAAGUCCAAAUGCCUGCUGAUGGGAGAUGCCGCCCAUGCGAUCGUGCCGUUUUUCGGACAAGGAAUGAACGCGGGCUUUGAAGAUUGUUUAGUAUUUGAUGAGCUCAUGGAUAAAUUUAACAAUGACCUCUGCAUCUGCCUUCCUGAGUUCUCCCGGCUUAGGAUUCCAGAUGAUCACGCCAUCUCGGACUUAUCCAUGUACAAUUACAUAGAGAUGCGGGCGCACGUUAACUCCCCGUGGUUUCUCUUCCGGAUGUACCUGGAUUGGGUUCUGUAUGCUCUCAUGCCGUCCACCUUUAUCCCGCUCUACACCAUGGUCACCUUCUCCCGGAUCCGCUACCACGAAGCAGUGCUGCGGUGGCAGUGGCAGAACAAGGUGGUGAAGAGAGGCCUUAUGGUCUGCGGGUCGUUGUCCGCCUUGAGUGGGGCUUACCUCCUCACUCGCUGCCUGUCUUGGCGAUCGGUCUCCCACCUGUGGAGUAGCGGCGCUGCUUGCCUGAAGGCUAUCCGAGCCUUUUCCUUCUGAAUCCCAUCAAGGAAACGGAUGCCGGCGGGAUUCCCGUAUUUGGUAGAAGGAGGGAGGGCCGCGGGGCAGCUGAUCGGUGCCUCUGAAAAGACAUUCCUAAAUGCCCCUCUACAGUUCGUUUCCGGCGUAAAUUAUACUGGUUAUUCACAACG